AUGGCAAAGUCGCGAUUCACAAGGCUCGACGCCUUCGCCAAGACCGUUGAAGAUGCUCGAAUUCGCACAAACUCCGGCGGUGUUAUCACCAUUGCCUCCCUUUUAAUCGUCAUGUGGCUGGUAUGGGGAGAAUGGGCCGACUAUCGACGCAUUGUUGUGCAACCAGAGCUCGUCGUCGACAAAUCGCGAGGAGAGAGAAUGGAGAUUCAUCUGAACAUGACUUUCCCUCGGUUGCCAUGUGAGCUCCUAACACUGGAUGUCAUGGAUGUCUCUGGUGAACAGCAGGUUGGUGUCGCACAUGGUGUGAACAAGGUCCGCCUCAGUUCUCACUUGGAGGGAGGAAAGGUUAUCGAUGUUCAGGCCUUGGACCUACACUCCCCAGCAGAUGCUGCUAAGCACCUGGCCCCAGACUACUGCGGCCAGUGUGGUGGAGUACCAGACGCACCCCCGAAUGCGAUCAAGCCCGGAUGCUGCAGCACUUGUGACGAAGUGCGCGAGGCCUACGCUCAGAAGCAGUGGGCCUUUGGCGACGGCGGCGGCAUUGAGCAGUGCAUCCGUGAAGGAUACGCAGAAAAGCUCGCCGAACAGCGCAAGGAGGGAUGCCGGAUCGAGGGUGUGCUGCGUGUGAACAAGGUGGUAGGAAACUUCCACAUUGCGCCAGGCCGCAGUUUCACAACCGGCAACAUGCACGUCCAUGACCUCGACAGCUACGUCGUUCCCAACGCACCUCCCUCUGACCAGCACACUAUGUCCCACUUUAUCCACGAGCUCCGAUUUGGACCUCAGCUCCCUGCGGAGCUCGCUGACCGCUGGCAGUGGUCCGACCACCACCACACUAACCCGCUCGACGACACCCAGCAGGAGACCGACGAGCCCGGGUACAACUUCAUGUACUUUGUCAAGGUCGUUUCGACUUCUUACCUGCCCCUUGGCUGGGAUCCUCUUUUCUCAUCUUCCAUACACAGUGCCUACGACAAGACGCCUCUCGGUGCCCAGGGUCUUGGAUAUGGUUCUCACGGAAGUAUCGAGGCGCACCAGUACUCGGUCACUUCGCACAAGCGUCCACUUAUGGGAGGCAACGAUGCCGCAGAGGGCCACAAGGAGCGUGUGCAUGCCGGUGGUGGUAUCCCCGGUGUUUUCUUCAACUAUGACAUCUCUCCUAUGAAGGUUAUCAACCGUGAGGCUCGCCCGAAGACUUUCACUGGCUUCCUCACUGGAGUCUGUGCUAUUAUCGGUGGUACUUUGACUGUCGCUGCUGCUCUGGACCGCGGUCUUUAUGAGGGCGCUAUGCGCGUCAAGAAGUCGCACUCGAACUAG